AUGGGGGUGGGCAGGGCUGGGGAGGCUGGCGUGGUGGAGGCGAGUUGGGACACCGGUGUCAAGAUGGCGGCGCAUUUUGAGUUGCAUAUCGAGCAGGGGCCGCAUCUGGUCGGUGCGGGGGAGAAGAUCGGCGUGGUGGAGGGAGUGCAGGCGUAUCGUUGGUAUGAGGUUGAGUUUCACGGCAGGGAUUGCCAUACUGGCACUACCAGUUUUCCACAUCGAGCGGACGCGCUGCUGGCGGCGGCGGAGGCUAUUGUGGACAUUAGGGCACUGGCGGAAGAACUGGGAAAUGGUGCGUUGGCGAGCGUGGGCAUUAUUGAGGCGAAGCCGGGCAGUGUGAAUACCGUGCCUGGGUUUGUGAGCAUGUCGCUGGAUCUGAGGUGUCCGGAUGAGAAGAUCUUGGAUGAGUUGGAGAAGAGGGUCAUGGAAUCGUUGCGUUCUGCUGCCGCGCACUCCGGUGCGGGUAGAAGGCCAGUCCAGACGAGUAUCAAGGAAACCUUUAGAAGCGGUGCCGUCAGAUUCCAAAGGGAGGCGGUAGAUUGUGUGGAGGCAGCUGCGCGGAAUGUGCUCGAGUCCGCCGGAGCUUCGCAGGGCGGCAAGACAUUGAUGAGGAGAAUGAGCAGUGGAGCUGGACAUGAUAGUGUCUUUGCCAGCAAGCGGUGCCCGACCGCCAUGAUCUUCGUGCCGUGUAAGGAUGGGGUGAGCCAUCAUCCGGAGGAAUGGUGUGAGAAGGAGGACUGUGCCAUGGGAGCCAGUGUAUUGAUCCAGGCUCUGCUGAGGUAUGACCGGACUAGGGGAUGA